AUGGACAUACGUGGCUUGAAUAUGAAACACCUGGUCCUCGCUUUAAUCACAAUAAACCUAGCCAUAGCCGAACCAAUAUGGAACAGUUCUGACCAGUUUUUGGAUGUUCUUUUGAAUACAAAUUCAAGCUCUUUCAAAUGGAGGAAUUUUGUCCAAAAUCUGAUGAAUGAAUGUAAGUUAUUUUGAGUUUUUAUGAAUAAUAUUCUGGGUUUAUAUGGAUCAUAUUUUAGCUUAUAAGAUAGUCUAAGUUUUUUCUAGCUAUCAAGUUUAAUUUCGGAUUGAUUUAAGGUUUAGUUUUUGUGUUAUGACCAGUUUACGAACAUCAACCGCACUUUUUCCGGGUAGUAUAAUAUUGGUUUUGCACAUAACUUUUUUCGAACUUGAUGAAACUGUAUAACUUUAAUGUCAAAAGAAGGAUUUCUUAAUGUAGAAGCUAAUAUAUUAACGUUUGAUGCCAAAUAUUAAGUUUAAAUCAACUUGUGUUAACUUACAGGGUCAGUAACACCAGUUUGUGCCGAUCUAUUGAAGUCGGCUGUGGAAAUUGCUCAAAAUCAAACUUGGGAGGCACUUGGAUGUUCUGAAACUGGUUGCUUGAGUAAGUAUAUACAGCUCUAGAUUUUUUUAAAACGUAUUGGUUUUAUAUAUUCGAAAAACUGUUAAAAACUAUAAAAAGAAUUAUAAUCUUGGGAUUUGUGUUGAAAAAACUUGUUUUUUGUUGAAAAAAUGUAAAAUACGGCAUUGAAGCUUGGAAUGUUUAAUUUUUAAAACGUUUGCAAACAUUGUCGGAUGCGAAAAGUUAAAAAUUUGUUUAUAAUUAAAUCAAAAACGACCAAAAAGUAUGUUAGGUCUCACCGAGAUUCGAACUCGGGUCGCAGGAUUCAAAGUCCUGAGUGCUAACCGCUACACCAUGAAACCGCGUUCGCUUUUCCUUUUGUUUGAGCUCUUCCAGUUUUGCAGCUGAAUUGCUACGAUUUGAGCACCUACAAUGAGAUAAAACGUUAUUUUUUGAAUUUCUUUUGAGAUUGUAAACUACGUUUUUGUAAAAAAUAUACUUCUAUAGGUCUUUUUCAUAUUUUAAAGUUAUUUUUGUUCAAAAAAUCUUCAAUGGCAACAUGAAAAUGGCGUUUAGCGGAAGCAACCGCCUCAUCAUGGCCGAUUUGGAUGCUGGAUUCGUGGGGUCGGCCACUGCCUGGCAUUUACUCUCGAGGACCGUUCUUCUUUCUGGGGCACUUUGAUCAAUGUGCUAGUUUAUCCACCGAAAACCGAACCGCCAGGUAUUGUAAAACGGAAUGGGACAUUGAAUUGGGACAACAAAGCAUUCCUUUACAUUAUGGUAGGUUAUGGCAUUGUAAAUGUGAAUUUUGGUUGAUUUGGAAUUAGAAAUCAAGAAUUUCUGAAAAUUUGAAUUUUAGGAUUUUGCAUUUUGAAAGAAUGCGAACAUGUCUUCCACAAUAUCAACGUUACCGACCAGUUGAACAUGAAAAACCCAAGGUUUAUAUGUAAAGAUGCUAAACAAACCUUCAGGUGGACCAAGGAUAAGGUAAGGGAUUUUUUGCUCUCAAAGUGCUGAGAAUGGUACUCAAAUCGAGGUUUUGAACGAAAAAUGGCAAGAACUUUCGUUACAAUGCAAAAAUUGCAAGAACUUUCUUUACAAAACAGAAAAUGGCAAGAACUUUGUUUAGAAAACAAAAAAUGGCAAAAACUUUGUUUACAAGACGAAAAUUUUUUAAACGUCAUUUUAGAUAAUAUACGCUUCAAUUGUGGGAGUAAUGGCACUGUUAGUCAUCAUUGGAACGCUAUACGAACGCUGGACCAACGGCAUGCACAUAUCUUGUCUGGGAGACGCAGACAGAGCUGGAGCUAAAGGGUCUCAUGAACCUGAAUAUGGUGAAAUUAAUGGUAAGGAAUAUUGUUUACAGAGGAGGAAAAUUGGCUUUAAAAAUUUAUUGAAGAAUCGAAAUGACAAGAACUUUCUUUACAAAUCAAAAAACGGCAACAAAAUGUUUUUACAAAACGAAGAACGCUUUUCAUCGUAUAACUUGUCACCAGCAGCCUGCAGUUCUUAAAAUUAGUUUGUUUCGAUGCAAAUGGCAAGAACUUUCUGUAUAAGUGAUAAAAUGGCAAGAACUUUCUUUACAAAGCUAAAAAUAAUCUUACAUUCCUUCCAGAAGACAGAAACAGUAUGAAUGUCACAUUCUAUGAAUCAGAAGCAGGAUCAUCGAACGUACCAUCAGUAGCGUUGACUUAUAAACCAGUGAAGGCCGUCUUCAAGCAGAAUGGAUUUUCAGCUAUUGUGAGUGUAAAAUACGGUCGCCCUUUUUGUUUUAAAAAUGGCAAGAACAUUCCUUACAAAACAUGAUAGUAAGAACUUUCUUUACAAACUUUUCUUUUCAGCUACGAUCCUUCAGCGUCUUCAGAAAUGUGAACCGCCUUCUAAGAACACCACGUCUCGAAAUCGACGCUCUUCACGGUGUUCGAGUACUGAGCGGAUUCUGGGUGAUUCUUGGCCACGCCCACUUGUUGCCGUUAGCUUUUGUCGAUAACAUUCGCCAAUUGGUCGAUAAACUUCAAAAAGAAUUGGUAUAUUCGGCAAUGAUUGUGAACUCUGGAUUGGCGGUGGAUAGCUUCUUUUUGGUCUCUGCCACUAUAUUCUCGUUUGUCAUUCAUCGGAAGUUGAGGAGGUGAGGCUACCCCUACCCCUACCCCUACCCCUACCCCUACCCCUACCCCUACCCCUACCCCUACCCCUACCCCUACCCCUACCCCUACCCCUACCCCUACCCCUACCCCUACCCCCUACCCCUACCCCUACCCCUACCCCCUACCCCUACCCCUACCCCUACCCCCUACCCCUACCCCUACCCCUACCCCUACCCCUACCCCUACCCCCUACCCCCUACCCCUACCCCUACCCCCUACCCCUACCCCUACCCCUACCCCUACCCCUACCCCUACCCCUACCCCUACCCCUACCCCCUACCCCUACCCCUACCCCUACCCCUACCCCUACCCCUACCCCUACCCCUACCCCUACCCCUACCCCUACCCCCUACCCCUACCCCUACCCCUACCCCUACCCCUACCCCUACCCCUACCCCUACCCUUCCCCUGCCUCUACCCCUACUCCUACCCCUACCCUUACUCUUACCGCUUCUUUUACUUCUAUCUUUACCUACCCCUACCCUUCCCCUGCCUCUACCCCUACUCCUACCCCUACCCUUACUCUUACCGCUUCUUUUACUUCUAUCUUUACCUACCCCUACCCUAACCCCUACUGUUACCUUUAUUCUUACCUUCAUAAUCUUUAUCUACUCUCUCUUAAUCUUUUAUAUGCUUACUGUAGCUUACUGUAUUUUUUUCAGAAUUACCGAAAUUACAGUAGGAGGACAUUGUAAACGAGCGAUGGUAAUGUACCUUCACAGAUGGAUUCGUUUAGUACCUUCGUAUGCAUUUGUGCUCGGCUUUGUACUAACUUUUUACAAUUCAAUGGGCAGUGGACCAGUUUGGAACGAAGAGAAGGGUAAAUAAUUGGAGAGAUGGGUUAGAGAGGAGUGGAUCGGAGAGAUGGGUUAGAGAGGAGUCGGUAGGGCAUGGGUUUUGGUUAAGUUUGAAGGGUUUGGGUAAGGCCUGAAAACUAGGCCCUUAGGUCUAGAGCCGGGCCGAAAAAAAAUUGAAAACUUUGGACUGGGACAUGUGGCCUGCUUAAGGCCGGACUUUAGCCCUUUGAUAGGUCUAUCGAACUUUUACAGCCUUUGGCAUAAAAAUUAUUAUGUUUUAGGAGUAUUCGGAAGCCAAUGCCGAGCUGACGACUGGGUUCAUCACCUGUUCUUCUUAAUCAACAUCUACCCCAACAAGUGUAUGCCUUGGAUGUGGUAUUUGAGUGUGGAUUUCCAACUAUUUUUGGUGGGUUUAUCGAUUUUUUAAACAAAGGAAGAUUUUAUUUUUUUGUAAAGAAAGUUUUUGCAAUUUGUGUAGAAGUAAGCGUUUUUACGACUUUGCAGCCUGCGGGGGACAAGUUAUACGAUGAAAAACAUUUUUUGGGUAGAAAUGAAAGUCUUUGUAAUUUUAUUUUUUUGUAAAAAAAGUUUUUGCUAUUUUUUGUAAAGUAAGUUCUUGCCGGUUUUGGUUCUGUAAAGAAAGUUCUUUUUAUUUUGAGGUUUGUAAAGCAAUUUUUUGCUAUUUUUUUUAAACUUGAUAUUGUUUCAGAUCUCACCCCUACUGAUUGCAUGUCUAUAUCACUCGAAAACAAUUGGCGCUUGGCUCAUCGGGCUCUUGGUGGCUUCAGUAUCGGUUUAUAGGGCUUUUGUCAUCUGGUGGUUUGAGUAAGCAAUACAGUUAUUACUCUACCCUGCUCUAUCAUAUUCUACCCUACCCUAUUUUACCCUACUUUACCCUACCUUACUAUAAUCUAUUCUACUCUACUUCUUUACCAAAAUGAUUGUGUUUCAGUUUCCCAGUGAAUAUUGCUGUUCAACUGGUUCAACAAGGCAGUAGUGAUGCGGAAAUGGAGGAGGCUGGUCGAAUGUUCCGUUGGCUUUAUGCUAACCCUUAUGCUCGAUCAGCACCAUACUUUUUGGGUCAGUUUUUAUUGGUUUUACUAAUAUGCGGGUGAUUUUAUCAGGCGGGGUAAAAUUUUUUUGGUGAUGUGGGUGGGGGGGGAACACCUAUUUUUUGGAAGAAUUUUUAUUUAUUUUAGGAGGAGCUAUUGAAAAAAAAAUUUUUUUUGGUUGGGCGGGGUAAAAAAUUUUUUUUUAUAUAUGGUAAUAUUUGUUUUUUUUGUAAAAUAAGAUACGUUUGUUUUUUUAAAUUAAAUUUUUUUAGCCAUUCUUCUGGGCUGGAACAUUCACUCAAAAGUCACAAAACCGGCUGCCUUAUGGCUGCUACGCCUCCUCAGCGUAACUCUAAUGUCAUGGGCACUAUUUGGAGUAGACUUGUUUGAAUGCAGAUUGUAUGACGUCCUCUACAAUGCUACAUACAGAACGGCAUGGGCUGUGGGGCUGGCAAUUCUGAUCUGGUUGAGUUAUCACAAUCAGUUCUAUUGGAUCAGCGACCUCUUGAAUGCUCGACAGUGGGUACCGGUAUCGAGGUGAGGGGUUGGUUUGGGGUUUUUUGAGGAUUGGGGAGGAUAAAAAAUGAUUUUUUGUCUUAGAUUUUUGAUUCUUUGGGUGGUUCUUGAGAGUUACAGUAGAUCUUGAGAAAGUUUUUGGGUCCCACCACGAAAACAGGAAUUGUUGGUUUUUGGAUUUAGAAGGUUUAAGGAGGAUAAAAAAUUGUUUUUUGUAUGACAUAUUUGUUCUUUGAGUGAUCUAUGUGAGUUACGGUGGAUUUUGGGAAAUUUUUGGGUCCCACCACGAAAACCGGAAUUAUUAAAGUUUUUGAAUUUAUAUGUGAUGCAAAUGGGAAAAACUGGUAAUCAAAUGGAUUUUUGUAAUAUUCUAGAUUCAGAAACUAAAAUUUAAAAUUUUUAUUUUCAGACUAGGCUACGGCAUCUAUCUUACACACGAGCUCUUGAUCAUCUACUUUGUCUUUUCUCGCCGCACCGCCUGGAACGUGACCUCAUUGUGGGACGUGGUUCAACUCUCAUUAUCAGUAUUCACAUUAUCAAUCGUAUUGGCAUUUGUCUUGGCUAUUCUGGUAGAGCUACCACCAUUAACGACAGAAAGAAAGUUGUUGAUGACAGCGAGAGAUGGUGAUGAAGACGGAGAGGACGAGUACAAUAUGGUGGAGAUGAAGCCGAUUCAGACUGAGGCGGAGAAGAUUGAGUAGGUUGAUUUGGAUUUGGCACUAACAUUGUUUACAAAACAAAAAAUGGCAAGAACUUUCUUUACAAAACCAAAAAUAGCAAGAAUUUUCUUUACAAAUUAAAAAAUGGAAAAAACUUUCUUUACAAACUAAGAAAUGGCAAGAACUUUCUCUUACCUUUAGACAAUACUACGAACCCCCGAAGCAAUCAAACCGCAUCUCAUCGACCGAACACUGGGUUCUGAAUGGUACAAUGAACGAAACAGCUGAAUUCUUAUCAUUCGAAGAGGACAAUGACAUGGAAGACAUUUCAUAUCGACGACAGUCUGGUCACAGCCCAUCGUCAAGCUAUGUAUAA